AAGAGGAUGGAGACGCUGCUUCCUGUGCUGAAGAGUCACCCAGGCCCGUCUGUGCUGGUGUGCGCGCUGCUUUUUAGGGUGGCCCACAGGCUGCUUCAAAGGCUGCCUGUGCCCAGGGUGGUGAAGCAGGAUGAAUUUCGCUCCUGGAAGUGGCAGAAUCUUUCUGUCUCAGUGGUGCAUUCCCUGCUGACUGGGACAUGGGCUCUGAUUUGUUUGGUGGUUUGGCCAGAGGCAUUGAACAACAUCCCCUCGUAUCACACUCCCCUGUCCUACCUGCUCAUCUGCGUCUCAACAGGAUACUUUGUGCAAGAUGCAGGAGAUAUUAUUGUAACAGGACAUGCAAGAGGAUCGUGGGAAUUCUUACUUCAUCAUGCACUGGUGAUCUGGUGUUUCAUGUAUGCCCUCUACACUCAGCGGUAUGUAGCUGGCGCUGUGAUUGCUCUCUUGGUGGAGGUCAACAGUCUCACCCUGCACCUGAGGCUGAUGCUGAAACUGGCAUGUGCCCAGUCCUCCAACAUAUACCGCAUCAACAAAUGUGUCAACCUUUUCACCUACAUCAUAUUUCGUCUGAGCACCCAAUUCUACCUCUCCUACUACAUCAUCGCCAAUUACGACUGGCUGGACCACGGUGCAUACUUCCUCGUCUCCAUGAUGAUGAUGAAUAUUAUGAUUCUGAUUUAUUUCUACCGCCUGCUCCGUGCUGACUUCUUCCCCCGGAGUAAAAGCUAUGUGGAACAGAAUGGGAUCCAUAACAACAACUCCAAAAAGUUUCUCAGUGACUGAUGGUUUAUAGGACUAUGUCAUGUUUUUAUUUAGGGUGAGAGUUUACACAUUUUGACUUUUUUAAAUUGUAACUGACACCAUUCCUCAUAAGGACAGGUUCCCUUGUUGUCUCACUGCCAAAUAACAACCUCUCCCCUCAAAACAAUAAAUAGGAGCCAGGUGCAGCCUUGUUUAGGUGCUGUUUUGCUGAAAUUCUGGAAAGUCAGAAAACUGGCUUUUUACUGGGAAAAUACAAUGCAACAACACAGCUUUAAUUGAAGCCAAAAUUGAACUUCUUUCAACCCUUGAGGUGUUACCAGUUUUAGCAUAUUAAAAAUGGAUUUUCAGUAUCAUGUAACCUUAAAGAAAUUCAUUCACUUUUUUGCUAAAUAUGCUUUGCAGUUUUCAUGGCAACAGUUAGGUGACAAGACUGACUCCAUGACUCCAACCACUCCCGUGGCUAUAUAGCAAAUACAAAGCAAGCCUGCAGUCACUUAGCUUAGCAUCAAGACCUGCAAUGGGGAGACAGCUAGCCUGAAAAACCUCCCAUAAAAGCAUGACUUAUGUUUUUGUACAGAUUAAACAAACUGGAUAUGUUAAUUAAUGAGAUUUAGAGGGGCUGGUAGAGGCAUUUUUACUGUGUUUUCAUAGACCUGGGCUUGCUGCUUCCCCCUUGUUUCCCAGAAUUUGUGCUAAGCUAAGAUACCUGUUAGGGACUGUACAGUAUAUUUAGCUCACAGACACAAGAGGAAUAUCAGUAUUUUCAUUUAAUGCUUUCAAAAUGUUGAACUACUGCUUUAAGAUUAAAUUUCAGCAUCAUAUAAGCAAUACACAUUUUGGGAACUAGGCUUAUUUGCUUUCUUGCUGAGAUAUAAGUGUACUGAUAGAUACCAUUGGACAACCAGCAGCAGUUAGCCUAGAUUUGCUUAGUGUAGAUGAACAUAAAGACAUAAAGAAACAGCUGGCCUAGCUCUGUCUGAAGGUAACAAAACCUGCCACUGGUUUUUGUACAGUUUAAGCCAACAAGACCUAUUGUGUUAAUUGGUGAGCUUUACGGAAGCUCUGCUGUAUUAUGGACUGUAUUUUAUAUUUUAUGGAUCAGUAUCAUAACAAGCAAAUUGUUUGCUAAACACAAGAGUAAUAAUGGCUACUAUACAGUAGUGCAAUCUGAACAAAGUGUUAUAAUGCUACGUGCUUUUUAGUAUAGCACAAUAGGGAAUGUGGAUGUACAGUAUGUCACGCUGGGCUGAAUGUUGGGAUGGGGGCACCAUUU